CCAGAGACCCGUGCGACCUGCUUCCUGUGUCUCACGUCAUGAGACGUCUUUGGAAGCAAGCGGAAGAGGGCGUGGAGGGAUUUUGAUCCGAAAGCGAAAACAAAAGAUUCGGCCAUGGAUAACCGCUUCGCCACGGCCCUGGUGAUCGCCUCGGUCCUCAGCCUUCUCUCCGCGGUGUACCUGUCCGCGGCCAUCGGCACGGACUCCUGGUACGAGUACCACAGCCUGCCACCAGGGGCCGACAACAGCACGACGGACUUCGGCCAGAUGAAGGAGGACUUUCUGGGGGGCGAGUUCGACGAGAAGGCCUACAGCGACACGCUCUUCAAGCUGAACGGCACGCUGGGACUGUGGAAGAGGUGCAUAGUGGUUUCCAGUGACCUGUACUGGUAUCGCUCCCCAGAUCCGAAGAUGGUGACUCAGUGUGUGAGCUUCUCUCUCCAGAACCAGUUCGCCCCUAAAUACCAGGAACCGGGAAACCACAACAGCGGAGAGGAUCUGACCAGAACCUAUCUGUGGCGAUGUCAGUUCCUCCUCCCGUUCGUCAGUCUGGGGCUCAUGUUUUUCGGGGCGCUCAUCGCUAUGUGUGCCUGUGCCUGUCGCAGCAUGUACCCCACCAUGGGGACUGGGGUACUACACCUCCUGGCAGGGCUCUGCACGCUGGGGGCGAUCGGGUGCUUCGUGGCCGGGGUGCAGCUGCUGCACAGCCGCUUGGAGCUGCCGGACGGGGGUCCGCGGGGGGAGUACGGCUGGUCCUUCUGGCUGGCCGCGGUGUCCGCACCCCUGCAGUUCAUGGCGGCCUCGCUGUUCAUCUGGGCGUCCCGUUCCAGCAGGAAGGAGUACUCACGCCUGCAGGCCUACAGGGUCGCCUGAGAGACACCUGGAAACCGGAACGUCUCUAGAACCCCGGAACCCCCCCCUCGUCCGUCCGUCCGUCCGGUUCGUACUUCAGUCUAGCAGUUAGUGUGAUGCUGGAGGCGUUCGGCUCUGGUAGGGAGAGAGGAUUGAAUUUGCUCUCCGAAGCGAGUCGCUGUGAUUGAAGUGUGAACCGGCUUUUUAGAAUUAGGGCAAUACCACAGAAGAGCCGAGAAUCACUGUAUGUAAAAAAAAAAUAAAUACAAAUGUCAUGUAUCGUGAACCGUCCAUAACUAGAAACCUACCUAGAGCCACUGUUGAAUCACGUAACUUUAUUGAAAACAAACAGUACCACUCUGUAUAAAAAGGAUUGUCUAUCCGGAGCAGUCUAGAACAGGAAUCCUAGGGUCAAUUUAGAACUACAGAACUUUAUUACAAUUAAAAAAAAACAAAAAUAAAACAA